AUGCUUCUGGAUGCGGGUCCGCAGUUCCCGACCCUCGGGGUGGGUACUUUCGCGAGACACCACCACCACCACCAUCACCACUCCACCGCCGACAUGUCCGACCGGGAUCUGGCCAUGCCUCAGAACACCUUCGUCGACUCGGCGCACAUGGGCGCCUUCAAGCUGAACGCCGGCGUCCACCACGACCUUCCAUCCGCCGCUCAGAGCUCGGCUUUCAGCGCACAGGCGGCGGCCGGCCCGGGAUACGCUUCCGCUCUGGCUCCCCACGCCGCCCAUGUCGGCUCCUACUCGGGAGCCGCUUUCAACUCCACGCGGGACUUUAUCUUCCGCAGCCGUGGCUUCACCGAUUCGAGCCCGGCCACUGGCCAGCACGGUAUCUUCGGACCGAGCCCUGGGGGCUUACAUCACCCACAUUCGGACACCUCGGCACACAUUCUGUUCCCCGGCAUCCACGAACAGGGAGCAUCGCACCCGUCUCCAAACGCGCACGUCCUGAACGGCCAGAUGCGCCUGGGACUGGCCAGUGAAGUAUUUGGGCGCUCAGACCAGUGUCCCAGGACUGACCCUUUCUCGGCCACCCAAGUACACCACCACCACCAUCACAACUAUGGACAGAUGAAUAUGAACAUGGGUAUGAAUAUGGCGACACAUCACGGCGCAGGAGCCUUCUUCCGAUACAUGCGGCAGCCCAUCAAGCAGGAACUAAUCUGUAAAUGGGUCGACCCCGAGCAACUGACGAACCCCAAAAAGACCUGCAAUAAAACCUUCAGCACUAUGCACGAGCUGGUCACCCACGUUUCGGUGGAACACGUCGGCGGUCCGGAGCAGACUAACCACAUCUGCUUCUGGGAAGAUUGCUCCCGGGAAGGCAAGCCUUUCAAAGCCAAAUACAAAUUGGUGAAUCACAUCAGGGUGCACACAGGCGAGAAGCCGUUCCCCUGCCCGUUUCCCGGCUGCGGCAAAGUUUUUGCCAGGUCAGAGAACUUAAAGAUCCACAAACGCACCCACACAGGUGAAAAACCAUUUAAAUGCGAAUUUGAAAGCUGUGACAGGCGUUUCGCCAACAGCAGCGACAGGAAGAAGCACAUGCACGUGCACACUUCAGAUAAGCCAUACCUGUGCAAAAUGUGCGACAAGUCCUACACGCACCCCAGUUCUCUGAGGAAACACAUGAAGGUCCAUGAAUCAUCUCAGGGUUCUGAGUCUUCACCGGCAGCUAGCUCUGGCUACGAAUCUUCCACUCCGCCAGUCCUGGUGUCACCGUCUGCCGAACCCCCGAACAGCAAUAAUUUAUCCCCCGCCUCCACUGCCGUGCACACCAACGCCGGCAUCUCUUCCAACUUCAAUGAAUGGUACGUGUAA